AUGGACUUGGCAACAGUAGCCACGACUGUAGCUGGCACAGCAGUGGUAGCCGCCUAUUUGGACGCCAAAUGGCACAUCACCAAAGAUGUGCAAUAUAUGUGGAGAGUGAAAGCAGCUGAAAAGGCAGCAGCGCAAGAAGGUCAGUGCCUUCUAGGUUCCAAGUGUGUGAAGCCGAAUCUCACAUCUAUCAUAGAGCGAAAUGGGCAAAUCUGUCCCUUCUAUGAGUUCGAGAAGAACGUACAAAAAUACCCAGAUCAUCUCGCGAUCUGGUCCCAGACAGGGCAGUAUACGUUUAAAGAGCUCUAUGAGCACGUCUGCCAAUAUGCGAACUAUUUUCACCAGUUAGGUGUGCAGCGUGGGCAGCUGGUCGCUUUCUACCUGACGAAUAGUCCCGAAUUCAUCAUGGCAUGGUUCGCGCUUUUGAGCAUCGGUAGCGCACCGGCGGCCAUUAACUACAAUCUCACUGGCGAUGCACUCAUUCAUUGUUUGAAGGUCUGCGGUGUUAAUGUCCUCUUGGCGGAUGAAGACGUGGAAUGCCGGGGCCGAAUUGACGCGAGUCGCUCAGCUAUCGAAGGCAAGCUGGGGAUGAAGAUCCUCUCCCUCGAUGAGAGUUUAAAAUCUCACAUUGCGACCUUCCCUAGAUCUACACCGCCUGAAGACCUGCGACGAAAUCUACCGGGAGAUGCACCGUUUGUUCUCCUAUUUACAUCGGGUACAACGGGAAUGCCCAAGGCGUAUCCCUUCUCCCAGCGACGAUUCCACCCAGACAUUAGGAUACACCGGUUUCUCAACAUCGAGUCCCAGCCGGGGCCAGAGGGAGACUGCUGGUACAACUGCAUGCCUCUCUAUCAUGGGACUGGAGGCUUCAUGACAAUGGUAGCGCUGUGCAGCGGCACGUCCGUCGCGAUCGCAAAGCGGUUUAGCGCGACCAGCUUCUGGAAAGAUAUCCAUGAAUCCAAAGCCACCUGGUUUGUUUACGUCGGUGAGGUGGUGCGAUAUUUGCUCAAUCAACCCGCAUCCCCUUACGAUCGUGACCACAGGCUGCGAGGCAUGUACGGUAAUGGCCUCCGGCUGGAUGUAUGGGAGAAAUUCCGAGAACGGUUCAAUGUCCCAGACAUCGUCGAGUUCUUCGGAAGUUCAGAAGGGCUCGAUGGUCUUAUCACACGCCGCCGGCUGAAUCGCACUUUGGUCCCUAUUGUCGUCGACCAUGAUUCAGGCAGCAUCGUUCGCGACCCGAAGACCGGACUGGCUAGGACAGCAUCAUACGAGGAGGGUGGAGAGAUAGUUGUCGGGGUCCCUAGUACGACAGCAUGGAAGGGGUACUGGCAGAACGCCAGCGCAACAGAUAAGAAGUUCGCUCGCGAUAUCCUGAAAAUAGGCGAUGUGUUCUAUCGCACAGGCGACGCGUUGCGCCGAACCCCAGAUGGCCGGUGGUACUUCAUGGACCGACUCGGGGAUACGUUUCGGUGGAAGAGCGAGAAUGUGUCCACCACUGAAGUGGCGGAAGCGCUCAGUCAGUUCCCAGGAGUGAUGGAGGCGAAUGUUUAUGGGGUGCUGGUUCCCCACCAUGAAGGUCGUGCUGGCUGUGCAGCUCUCCAGAUGUCAGAGGGGAUCGAUGUCGACCUGAUGGAACUGGCUCGUUUCGCUCGGUCUAAGCUUCCUCGCUAUGCUGUGCCUGCUUUCAUACGGUUGGUUAGGACUUCCAGCCAUAUCCAUAACUAUAAGCAGAACAAGGUUCCGUUGCGCGAGGAAGGAGUCGAUCCGCGUAAAAAGGGAUCUCUGGUAGAGGAUGGUGUACAUGAUACGCUUUUCUACCUGUCACCAGGCGCCGAGGCAUAUGUUGAAUUUGGCCAGCGGGAAUGGGAUGAUCUGGUGGCCGAGCGAGUGAAAUUGUGA